CUGAGGCCACAGCUCCCAGAAGCUGCUGCCUGUAGUACAUUUGAACUAUAUAUAAAGUUCCCAUUUCGAAGGCAGUUAAAACUUUGGCAACGUCCACCUUUGUUUUCGACGACAGUUGCACACUUUGAGCCUCCAAUUUCGAGCGUGCAUUUACACGUUUUGGCAACCUCCACCACCACCUUCGUUUCGACGACAGUGACCCGCUUUGGCAGCCUCGACCUUCGUUCACUUAUUACGCACUUUAGCAACUUCCAGCUUGCGCCAUUUCUGAUGACAGAUACACACUUCGGCAACUCAACACGCGCGAUCUCCGCAAUUACGUUUGUAGCGUGGUUGGAAACCUUUUUGAGCCUCCAUUAGUGGAUGUUGUUUGACGAACCUUGGUAGUCAUUCCUUGCCCAUGCUGUGGUUGAGCGGUUAGGUUAGAUCAAAUCAUUGAGGAAUAAGUGUAAAGCUUGUCGAAACACCUGGCUGUGCCUAUCGUGUGGGAAACAGGUUUUUCUCCUAGAGUAGUUGUGAUUCAGUCCGCCUGAAGGGGCAAAGAAUACACAAAGCAAUGCCCAAGUCCAUGCAUCGUUGGUGUCGGAGUGCGAGGACAGGAUUUAAACCGCUUUCGUCCUUGCUUGGCAAGUCAUUGGUGCUGGAUCUUAGUGCCUGAAAACAUUCUCACUAGGAGACGGAGGUUUCACCAAAGUGUGAAUCUAGUCUCCCUUGCGACCUUUGACAGCAGCUCCACCAAUGGUGCCUAUUAUCACGGGCAUGCCGUGGCUGACAUAUGUUCUGCUGGCUAUAGUUCUGGUCAUGCUGGUUGGUGGCCUCCUUGCACUCCACAGUUCUAUGAGGACGGCCGCCUUAGAAGACGCACCACGUAUCUCUGCGCAUGCUUGCACCUUCACUUCUUUCCUGCUCACGCUGUGCAUGGUGACUGUCGCGAGUUUCUUGGCAAACAACUCCAGCAAUUGGUUUCCAUCUCCCUCGCAGCCAGCGAGGCAGCCAUGUGGUUUGGCCAUACCUGACUAUCGAGAUGACACAGAUGACGCAGCACUAAAUGCCACCGCUCAGUACUUCGACACCUGGCAAAAGCGCUGGAUUUGGGUUGAUCUCUCCAUGGUCCAGCUGCCGGAAGUGGAGAAGAAACAAUGGGAGUACACGCAGUCAUGCGUAAACAUUUUCACCUACGAUAUUGUCACGACCACCUGGGCCCGGAAAUGUUCGGAGUGGUGCCAGAAACAUUUUGGCAACUUUGUUUGGAAUGAGGCUUGCGCUUUCGGACUAGUGACCAAUGAGAAUCCAAAGCCAAUGAAUGUCUUGAGAGCCUGUCAAAAGGCAUCAUUUUGCACGAAUCACUUCACUUUGUCUUCGGACAGCGUCACGAAGAUUUGCAUUCUCAUAGCUUUGCUAGCGUUUUGCUCCGGCUUCGCUGCUUAUCGACUCAAUGAGAACCAGUCAACCCCCAAAUUUAGCUCUGCUGCAGAGCCGGGUAAAUUGAAAUUGGCUCCUUUUGUUGAAAUUCCGGGAGUCUCCCGCAAGACAGAAAUCAUUUUCGACGUCUUGAAGAUGACAAGUGAGAUGAUGUUGGAUGUCUUCUCAGAUUUUGCGGCCGGACUGAUGUAUUUCUCCCAUGGGCAGAUCUUUUUGGGUUUUUAUAUGUUCAUGGUCCUGGCAUCAGCUCAUUCGAUGGAUCUCUUGGGAACCAAGGGCUUUGCCCAACUUUGUUGGUCACUGGAACAUGCAGUCCCCAACGCAGCUCUCAUACGCAGAAAGUCAGUUGAAGUCGCAGAAAGCAGCGCAGGACUCAUCUGCAUCGCUUUGUUCUUCUUGCGCGUGCCAGCGCAUGAUCAGAAUGAUCAGCCGCUACUCUCCCAGAUGGAUUUGGUAGUGUAUAGCAUCACGCUAAUCACUUCCCUGACAGGCAUUUAUUCUGGUGCUGAAGCCUCAAUCCAGGGGCAUCUACUAAGCCUGAAUCCAGACAUGGAGCUGGACAUGGACAAACGGUAUGAGAAGUUCAAGGAGAAGUCUGUACCCAUAACCAUGUUUGCUUUGGGAGCCCUCUGCUCGCGUGUCUCUGUGUCUCUUACGAUUGCUUUGGUCAUUGAAGCAUCUUCGGCUCCAUUUGCCACAGCCAUGCAUAUUGGGAAUGCGGGUUGCCUUGUAUCUCUUGCGGUUGCUUGUGCAAUCACCCUCAUGACGGUGGUGCUGAUGAGAUACUUCCGGCCAGAUUUACGUCUGUCACUGAAUGAUAUAGUGGUGGUCCUGUCAAACAACUUUGGUUUUGUCUCCUUGGCCUUUGCAAGUUGCUUCACAGCAGGAUUUUUGAAGGAGAUGCGAGAUGAAGGAGAUUGGGACAAUUUGCCAUGGCAUGAUGUGGAUACAUCUGACAAAGUUUGGAAUAAAUCUUGAAGGACAUGAGGCUGGACACCCGGAACAUGCGGGACUUGUUCUGGCAAAGCAUCUUAUUUCUUGGUCUCUGAUUUGGGUGGCAGAAGGAUGUUCACGAGUAGCACCUCUUGCUGCGGUUGUUCAGGUUGUGGUUUUGGUGAAAGAAAGUAUGGUGGCCGCAGACAGCGAUGAAAAGACGUUGGGCUCACAAAGUUAUGAGUUACUUCACGGGACUGGGCUUAAGCCAUGAGGAUCGCCCCCAAGGAAAAUGGUUUGGCCAGACCAGCUUUGUUCCUGGCUUGUCAAUGACGUGAACCGGUAAAACGUUAUGACAUUCAGAUGCCGCUGAAGUUUCACGCAGGGUACUACACCAGCCUAGCCAGUGUGACAUCUGCG